UAAUUAUUUAAUUAAUUUAAUGGGUUGUUUAUAGUCUAGAAAUUAGUAACUUAUCGAAGAAUAAAAGGAACAAGCAGCUAUGAAUGAAUAAGAUAAGAGUAUGAUGUGUUUGUUUAUUUGGUAGAUAAUAAUUUAGAUUUGGUGAGUUGUCCAUGUUCAGAAAGCGAUAAUAGUUAAAAUAAAACUACAAAUAGAGUUUCAAUAGAAGAAUGUCGUAAUUCUUUUAAUCGAAGUAUUGAUUUGAUGCAAGAUAUCAAUAAAAAAUUGGAAGCAUUUUCUGGAAAUGAAUCAGAUCUGUCAGAUAGUGAAUUAUAAUGA